AAGGGGGGGGGCACACUGCAGCGCCCCUGUCACGCGGGGAUGCCGAUGGGCUUUGGCGCUGCCAGGGGCAGCCCCCGCGUUGCUGGCGCUCGCUGCGGGCCGCUGCGGGCCCCGCGCCCAUGCGGCGGUCUCUGCAGGCCAGGAGGCCGCGGGACGGCGGCGAGGACGCGGCCGAGGAGGAGAAUGACCUGGUGGAGAUGCACCGCCUGAGGGCGGUGCUGCAGCAGGUGGACACUUCCAAGGCCGGGCAGGCUGCCGUGGGCGGCGCCGGCGCACCCGUGGAGCCGCCUGAGCCGGCGCCGCCGGGCGAGGCUCCAGGGGACGCAGUCGCGCCAGAUUCGUCAGCUUCGCCUGGCGCCGUGGAUGCGUCCGACGCGCCGGCUGGCGCGCUGGUGGAGGCAGAGGUUCCAGAGUCGUUGGCCGUGCUGGGCGAGCCCGCUUCGCGGCCAGUUGCGCAAGCAGACCCCGCGGUGGAGGAGGCGGAGCCCGAGCCCCCUUCCCCAGGAGAUGUGCGGCAAAGGGGGGGUAAUGAUGGCUAUGAUGAGAAUUGCGAGGCUGGCGGUGAUGGCUAUGAUGAUUGUGAUGGUGAUGAGUGUGUUG